AUGCUCCGCCCACGUGCUCUUACUUCUGCCUUAAGAAAGAUGAAUACUGGCGGAAUACAAUCAGUUAUGUUAUUUAAUCCUGAAGGUGUUCUUCUUGCCUACACGAGCCUUGCUGGUGAUAGUGAGCGAUCUAAAGCCGCAAUCGCAGCUAAUGUUUGGAAUAUAUAUCAGCGCCAACUAGAGUCCAGUGAAUCGGAUACUGUCCAGGAAAUAAUCUUGAAAUUGUCUGAAGGCAGACUAAUAAUUACACGUGUAGCGUCAGUUCUUCUUUGCCUCCAUGCCUCCAAAGAUGUGGGUUUGGGAAUGUUACGAGCUAAGAUGAAUGCUUUAGUACAAAAUUUACAAGAGCCAUUGAGUAUUAUUGCAGCUUCCUAA